GACUCCGUGGAGGGAGUGCCCCUUUGUUGGGCCUUGUGCCACCUGGAGCAGCCUCCACCCCCAUUCCUUGUGCACCACUGCCCAGCAGGGUCUGUGCGGGGCAGGCAGGCAGCCCAAGAAUGUGGUACAGGAUGUGGGGCCCCUGCAAGACUCCCCGCCCUCCUGAGGGCCAGCCCAGGAGGAUGGACACACUGCUCCCUCCCAAGGUCUGAGGGGCUCUUCUCUGACCUAGCUGCUUGCAGACGUCCCGUCAUGGGGCUGGGUGCCCACAUCUUGCAGGGGCUGGAGGGCAAGGCCUCAGCCACUACCUGGGGGAGCCUACCUGGCCCACCACCGUGGACUGAGGCCCAGCCACCUCUUGGGGUAGGCUGCUGCCCCCAGCGGGAAUGCUGGGUGAUGUCACCAUUAGCUGCAUGCAGGUACCCCCCUGCACGUACAUUAACUUGACCUCUUGAGACAAGUCCCUGGCUGGGAUUCAUACGUCAAGGGCUCCCUGGGGCCUCCUUGGGGGGCUGAUUUUGGAAACUAACCCCAGCCCUGCAUUGGGGGUCACAGGGCCUCAGCGGGCCUGCCCUUCCACAGUCCAGGGGGGUGCUGGUGGGUUGGGAAAACUGGAUGGCCCAAGGAACCAGCUCCUUUUUACUUCUCCCUGUGCUGCGAAGCCCUGGGAACAUCCUGGCCGAGGCCUGGGUGUCACCCCUGCUAGCUGCGGUGUGAACUAGCUGCCUUCUGUGGCCUGGACUCCGCGUUCCUGGUGAGGCCCUGCAUGGGGGUGGCGUUAGGGAUGAUCAGAACGGGCCCCGUUUCCUCUCUGGGUCCCUGGGCUAGGCCGCAGCAUGGCCUGAACCCUGGAUUCCAGGGCUGCAGCCCUGGGCGAGGGAGCGCGCUCUGGCCGUCCAGCAGGCGAGGCGCCAGCAGGGAAAGGGCGCCGGCCGCCUGGGCUCCGGGCCGAGGUACGUGCGGCCCGUCCAGGGGAGACUGGGAUCUGCCCUCCGCUUCCGGGCAGAAAUAACCAGCCAGGCCAUCGACCAUCGGCAGGAAUAGGUAAGGCCGCCUCUCCCAGGAGGGCUGCCUCACGGCGGGCCCCGGCAGUUGGGAGGUCGGCACGCCCCGCUGCCCGGCUCCCGGGACCCACGAGGGCGUGGCCGGCCGCUCUAGGCCAGGACCGGAAGUGCCCGGGAACAGCGCCGCACGCGUCGAUGCACUUCCGGUCCUCGCGGUUUCCGGCAAGCGGCGCUGCGGCCCCGGGAACGCGGCGCUGGCUGUUAGCCCUCGGGCAUCCUGGGAGUCGUAGUUCGGCCUCCCAGCCUCCCUCCUGGCCUUAGUCAAUUCCGGUCUCUUCGCGAGAGAGCGCCGUUUCCGGGAGGGAAGACAGCGAAUGCGCAGAGGCCACACUCCCGAUAGGCCUCGGGAGUAGCGGCCCAGUGACUUGUGGGAAAUGUAGUUCUUCAGGCGCGGAAGCCGCGGCCCUCGGCCGGCAGAGGACUCAGUUUCCCAGAGGGCCGAGCGCGGUGCAAGAUGGAGGCAGCCAGGCCGCGGUGAGCCGCUCUAAAACAGACACCAUUGGCGUUUACUUCGUGUCCCCUUUCCUGGAGUUGUGCCUUCAUUUUGGGAGUCACGCGAGGCCCAGAGGAAUGGAGAUCUUGCCUGUGUUUGACCUGGUGCCGGGCACUCAGAGACACUGCAGGUCUGCCUGGCCUGGUCCUCGAUGCCAAGGAUGUGUCUGCAGACUCGUCUGGAGCUCCAGGGCAUCUCACGGCGGUCAGGAGCACACCUCCUCCCCACGGAGCAGGCAGGCGCCCCGGCCUUUGUGGAGUACCCGCUGCCUGCCACGCAGCGUGCCUGGCUGAGAGAAGGCGUGCAGAGCAGAGGUCGCUCUCGGCCCUGGGUUCAAGCCCCCGCCCCCCCUGCAGCAGGCCUCCUAGUGGCUUUAGUCAGACUGGCUGGAGAGGAUUGAAUGAGGUGACACGUCAGAAGGACCAGCUCCUGGGCCUGGCUGUGUCAGGGGCUCUGUAAACCCAGGCCCACUCCCGGGGUGGCGGCUCCACUCCUGCAUGUCUGCCGUCUGGUCUGAGGGCUGCCUCUCCCUCCCUGCCCUCAGCCAGCCACUGAGCCACUGAGCAGAGCCGUGCCUGGCGGGGGCCGUUGCGACCAAGAACCUUCUCCAGCGCUCGGCCCACCUGCCGUCCAGCACAGGCACCCAGCAGCCAGGGAGGUGCGGCGUGGCUGGGGGACGCAUGGCUGAGGCAGGGGACGGCCAGCACUCCGUUGGCUCCGGGGGUGCCGCUCUGUCUCCCGACCCCGUCUGCCUCAGCGACUCGGAAUCCGACCUCAGCCUGCUCGACGAUGCUGAAGUGGAAGCUCUGUCUCCCGGGGGGCUGCCCGGGGAGGCCCCGGGGGAUUCGGGCCCCGAUGAGCCCCCCUCGCCCCCCAGGAGCUUCGCCACAGCGGCGGUGCAGCCCUUCCACCUGAGAGGCACGAGCCCCACCUUCUCCCAGCGCAGCCACGACAUCUUCGGCGGCCUGGAGCGGGCAGCCAGGCGGGCUCCGCCCUCUGCGGCCCCAGCCGGCCCUGGCGACAGUGGGGGCUUCCGGCAGCCGCUGACACUCUCCAGCCGGCCUCCAGCCGGGGGCCCGAGCAGGGCCACUCAGAAUCCCGCUCCCCUGAGGGUGCCCCCCGUUCCUGACUACGUGGCCCACCCCGAGCGCUGGACCAAGUACAGCCUGGAGGGUGUGGCUGAGGCCAGCAAACAGAGCAACCGGGCCGCCGCCCUGGCCUUCCUGGGCCCCCAGAGCCUGGCCGCCCCCAGCGGCUACGUGCCCUCCUUCAACCAGGACCCCUCUAGCUGUGGGGAGGGCCGGCUCAUCUUCUCCAAACCGGUGCGAACCGGCGAGGCCCGGCUUGAGAAGAGGAGGGUCCCGAGGAAGGCAGGGGAGCCGGGUGGGAGCCCCCACGGGAUCCCGGGGGCGGCGGGGGGCGAGGGCCCCGUGGAGCUGGCCCACCUGGCCAGGCCCGGGAGCCCGGAGGCCGAGGAGUGGAGCAGACCCCGGGGGCGCCUGCAGGAGGUGGGUGCACCUGAGGGGGAGGCCCUCGCGGGGUCUGGGGCCAGCGCCCUGCCAGGGGAGGCGGUGGGCUUCCACAGCAGCAGGAAGCGGAGCAGGGACCACUUCCGGAGCAAGGACAGCAGCCCCGAGGCCCCAGGCGCGGACGUCUGAGCGGGGAGACCGCCUGGCCGCCUGCCUGCCCUGGCCGAGCUGGAGGGACGGCCCCACUGUCCCCCCGGGGUGGCUUCAGGGACGGAGCAGGCCCGGGGCCCCACCCCCAGGGAAGGGAGCCAGCGGGCUGCCUGUCGGUGGCACCAGCGGCCAGGGCAGAGACCUUGCUGAGGGUGUGGGCCAGGGGUUGGCGGAAACCCUGACUCACCCCGUGCCCAGGGGCACAGUAAAGGCUCUGGGUGUUC